AUGACCCCAGCCGACCCCACUCCGGCCUCAGGCCUGGCCGCCGGCAGGCUGGGCGGGCGGAGAGCAGUCGGGGGCCCCCAGGCCUCUACUCGUCUGAGCCACCCUGCAGAGAGAAGACACAGCGGCGCCCCUCCAGAGCCGGGGUCGGGGUUAGCGAGGAGACGCCCGCGCCCGCAGGUCCGCAGCGUGAGCGUGAGCGCGGGCUAUUUUCUGAGCAGAGGAGGGACGGGGCCACCAGCUCGGAGCCCCCCCGCCCCGCACGUGGCCGUGUGCCCAGGGACUCCCGGCCGAGAGCUGCACCCACAGGACCGGCGCUUAAACCGAACAGCUAUUCCCGGGCAGAAACAGCUCAAUACACUUUACAGGGUCCUGUGGACCGACAGCCCCACCCAGGACAGGGUGGCGGUUCUCCAGGAGCACAGACUCCACUGCGAAACUGAAAACGACACACACUUUCCCGGAACCACCGACGGGCCUCCCGGGCGUCCGCUCGACGCGGACACGCUGGGUCGGCGGCCGGGCACGGGAAAGGGGUCCGCGCCGGAGUCUGGGCGUCAGUGCCGGGGCAACGCUCCCGUGAGCAGCAGCGCGGGGGCCGCUGGUUCCCGGUCAGCACGCUGCCCGCGGGGCCACCCUCGUGACCUCGGCUCGGCCUCCAGCGCAGGGACCGGCCACCAGGACGGGAAACCUGGGCCCGAGAACCGCCCCGGCCCGCCGUGUCCCCGCUCCUCCCGGGGGCGCCGGGGGUGCGCGGGCGGCCCCUCCCGGUCCCCAGGCGCCGGGACCCCGGCGCCAGGCCUAACCCUGCGGCGGUCCCAGCUUUAG